AUGAAGCUCGUGAGAUUUUUGAUGAAACUGAAUAACGAGAGCGUGACCAUUGAGCUCAAGAACGGCACGGUCGUGCAUGGAACGGUCACAGGUGUGGAUGUCCAGAUGAAUACGCACCUCAAAGCGGUCAAGAUGACCGUGCGUGGUGGUGAGCCCAUGUCCCUGGAUACGCUCUCGAUUCGUGGUAACAAUACGCGGUACUGGAUCCUGCCGGAUGCCCUGCCGCUUGAUACCUUGCUUGUGGACGAUGCGCCGCGUCCCAAAGGCAAGCGAAGAGACGACGCGUCGGCGCGCGGCCGCGCCGACCGGGGUCGCGGUGGCCGCGGUGGCCGCGGCCGCGGCCGCCCCUGA